AUGGCAAGGCUUGUCUUCCUCCCAUGCUUUGACGUCCACAAGGCUGGCUCUGGUAUCUUUGCAUCCAGCAUCAGCAUCAGCAUCAGCAUCCAAGCAUCUCAUCCACGUCUGUCCAUCCAUGUCUCUGCAGGCCGUAGGGCGUGGCUAGCAGGAGAAGAGAAGAGAAGCUGCUCUGUUACUCCUGCUUCCACCUUUGCUGCCGUCGACCAGCAGGAGCAGAACCAAAGACUAGCCAGAGCUUUCAUCCUCCUCUUCUCUUCUUCUCUUCUUAUAUCUUCAUCUUCUCGUCUUUACCCCAGCUUCAAUCCACUGCAGGGAGGCCCCGGUCUAUAG